AGGUGGAGACAGAGACACACUCGAUCCAGCACACUGAAACUCUUUCAGCUGUACAGCGAACACUGUUCAAAAGCCUGGAGCUUUCCUUCAUCUUCACCUUAUUUUAAAGAGACAAACAACAAGUUUCCAGCAAAAUCAGAAAAAUGACUGAGGGAUCGGACGGUCUGAUGUCUGCAGACUGUGAACUUGCACAGUGUGAGACGGAGGUGAACACAUUACUGCAGAUUAUCUCUGACCUCAACAGAAAGAUGAACUCCUUGCAAAUACCACGAGAAAUGCAAACAUCUGAGACUCCAACACAGGUCAGUGAGAGUGUUAUUCAGCAGGGCUUGAGUUCUUCAGCAUGCAGUCUUACAGUGGUGGAUGCUGGUGGCACAUCUCUACAGACUGAGACCGAGAAAAACCACAAGACCUCAGAAGGGGGCAGCAGUGAGCUUUGGCACGACCUGCAGAAGGUUCUUUUUGCUCUUGAGACCUCUAGUGGUCAGGGGAGGAAGAUGUUCAAACUCCAGACUCACAAUGCUGAGAGAAUCCAGGCCAAUCAUCUAUCUGCUGCUAGAGAGACCUGGGUUCAUGCCACACAGGUGCUGGAGGAGAUGGAGAGUGAUCUGGGGAUCUCGUACCCCUCUGCUCUGCCCCCUGAUGAGAGACGUCAGUAUCAGCGGGAGAUUCUCUCACUGUACAAACAGAACCGAGACCUCAACGCCUCCAUGAAGAGCCGUCAGGAAGAGCUUAAGGGUGCUGAAAGAACUCUGGCGGAUAUUGAGGACGAAAAGAAGUGGCUACAGGAAAAGGCAGUGAAUCUUAAGCAGAAAUGGCUGUGUGGAGUGAGUCGUUCACCUCCUCUAAGCCCAUCACUGUCCUCCAGUCGAACCCCGAGCCCCUGCUUCUCCUCACCAUCGUACCCUGGAUCUCCUCUGUUGCCCCGGAAGCGCUCUGUGUCCACCCCAGACUCUCCUCUGUCCCCCUGCACCGUUGAUUCUGUGCUACAGUCUGAGAUUGACAGGCUACAGAGGUGUUUGGAGCGUCUGAAAGGUCGAAAUGAAUGUCUGAAUGCCGCUCUGGUCAGGAGGAAAGGAGAAUCGGAGCAGUUGAGUAUGAGUCUCAGCCGUCAGGAGGCAGACAGCUCAGCUCUACACAUGGCUCUAGCCUACUGCGAGGAGUGUGAAGAGGCUUGCAGUGACCUGCUUUCCCUGUACGUGGCCAAACAACAACAGAACUCGGGUGCCCCAAGUCUCUGUGAUACAGCUUCCUGUGCACAUUUGCACGCGGGCUCACACACCGAACGCUUUUCUUGUACAGAAGCAUUCAGUGGACCUCCAUCUGACCCCUUAAAGUCACCGGGUAAGAACUCGGAUGGAAGAGAAUCCUCUUGUGCACCAGAGGUCACCGCUGAGCCAACACCAAAUAGCCUGUCAGAGGAAGAGUUUGAAGAUAAGACUGGUGUUAUUCUGCAGAGGAUCUCCCGGCUGAAGCAGGACAGGGCGGCUGUGUGUAUCCCACAGCAGGGCAAGGCGGGCGAGGGCAAAAUCAGCCCUGACACUGGCACGCUCGCGGGGGUCAGAAGUCGUGCCGGUUCGCUUUCCAAAAGCACCAAAGAGGAGAAAGCUGCACUGUCGUAUGAGCUGGUGACCGUCAGGGAGGAGAUGUCAGAGCUACGUGGGAACCUCAGACUCCUAGAGAAAGGCAGGAGGUGUUUGGAGCUGACGCUGAUGGUCCAGAAGGACCAAGAGCCCGCUGAAGCUCUGAUGUUGGAGAGUCUGAGAGAGGAGCUGGGCGAGAGGAGAGCCACCCAACAGAGAAUGGUUGAAAAUCGAGUAAAACUGAGCAGUGAAAGUGGGAUACCAGGCCCUCGCAAUCAAUCUAUAUUACGAGAGAUACAUGCAGCGCUGCAAAGGGAGCAGACGUUGAAGAAGAGGGUGGCAGCUUUACGUGAAUCUCUGGACUCAACGCUCACAGACAGCACCAACCAGAGGAGGAUCAACAGAGAUGAGAUCGCACGACUAACACUACGAUACAAUAAGAUCUUAGGCACCUACAGGAGUUCUCGUAAGAAGCACCAGGAGCAGCUAUGGCACCUGGAGAAGCAAAUCACGGUCAUGAGCGAACGUCACGUGGCCCAAGAAGUCGAGUUGAGCGCAACUCUGCAGGCUAUGAAGUGGAGAAGAGAAGAAACGGUUCUGUAAAAAACUCUCCAGAUACCGCGCAGAAAAUAUAGACACUUUUUAUUGUUUUGAAACGUUGUUAUUAAAGCAAUAUGCAAAUGCCUUUGAUAAAUCUGCAACACAGUUCCUUUAGGGAUCACAAUGGUGUUACUAUUUCAGUCAUAAAACAACAUGCAUGUCUGUACUGAUACCUCUUAAAUUGCCGGCUUAGGUCACAAUAAAAUAAAAUAUUUGACACUAGCUUUUAAUUCUGACAACUGUACUGUAAAUUGUGUUUAUUGCGCUCUAACUGCAUAAUAACUCUUGUAGACUCCAGAUACAAAAGAGUCAUUUGACAUAUUCUUCUAAAGAGAUUCUUAUCAGGCUCCGAUGUUAAUAUUAAAAGUUAUUUCACUUUAAUGGCAAAAAUGACGUAUUCAUUGCCAUCAAAGUGAAAUCACUGAACUUAAAAAAGAAGCCCGCACUGUAAAAAAACUCUUGUAAAAACAGAAAUAUUCAAACAACUGUAUUUCUCUGAAAUUACAUAGUUUUUCCCGUUUUUCUUUUAAAUUUGCGGUCUUUUCUGUAAUUUGACAGACCGUGUCUCAAAAAUGCACAGUAAAAAAAACAUAAAAUAUAAUUUUUUUUCCGGCUGCUGAGGGCGCCAGAAAUAUACUGUAAAAAUAUUUUUUCCCAUAUAAAAUUAGAUGUUUUUCCUGUAAAUUUGCAGCCUUUUGCUGUAAUUUGACAGCUUUUGACAGAUUUAAAAAAUAAGUGAAAUAUAUAUAUAUAUAUAUAUAUAUAUAUAUGUCAAAUACAGGUUUUCGGAAAUUAUAUAUGAAAAUCUGUAAAAAAAAUUGUAUAGAAAAAACAAGAAUUUUAGAGGAAAAUUUCAAAAUUGCACUUGGAGGCUUUUGCUUCUGAACUCUCCCAAAACAUUUUUUCAUUUCUCUAUAUCGCCAUCUCUGUCUGAGACAUGUAAUUGCAGCUUACGUACUAUAUGUAUACCUGGGUUGAGGUCAAAUGAAGUCGAACUGACAUUUCCUGCAAAAUUGUACCCUUCAUCUCAACUCAGUAACUUGUAUGAAAAAAGUUUUGGUUGUAGCUUUAUCAAUGCCAUUAAAACCUAUAUGCAUUUGUGACGUAGUUGUAAAUGUUUUUCUAUGUCAUUUCUACGUAUGUGCAAAAACGUUUUAAUAAACAAAAGCUCUUUUAUAAAUUUCAUUGAUGUUGUAAUGAAACAAAUGUUGACUGUUUUAAAUUUAGCAUCCCUUUUCAAAGCAUUUAAUAUCAAACAAUGUUCAACAACCAAGAUUAAAAUAAAAAAAGUUUUGCAAAAUUUUGCAGCCUUGGGUCAUAUGACGUUAAUAC